AUGUUCGAGGAGCCUGAGUGGACCGAGGCGGCCCCAGCAGCCCUGGGUCUCGGGUCUGUAACCAUUCAGCCUCGGCCGGUGGCUACCCCGCAAAUCAAGGGCCGCAAGCGCCGUCACCUCUUGGCCAUAUUACGGACGUUGGAAGCAGCGUCUCUUUCUCAGCAACCUCCUAGCCUUCCUAGCAGUGACUCUGAGGAAGAAGAGGUAGAGAAAAAGAAACACCCCCAAAAGGGCUCAUUUGCCAGCGCCUCUAAUUUAGUAAGGAAGAAAAGAAAGAAGAAAUGUCAAAACCAGGACUUAUCUCUCAGUGACUCUGAGGACAAGGAAGUAGAAAGGAAGAAGUACUGCCCACAAGCACUUCUUGGUGAUAGCUGUGCUGGAGAAGAAAAGGGAAAGAGGAAAUGCCAGAAGCAUGCCCCUUUACACCCAGCCCAACACCUGGGGAGCAUUGACCAAACAGGUCAGAAAGCCUGGAAGAGUACUGCUACAAAUGACACACCCAAGCCAAGCCCCGAGUCCACGUCUGCUAAUACCCCACACAUCUUGAGUCGCAAACAGUGGCGAAACCGGCAGAAGAAUAAGCGGAGACACAAGAACAAAUUCCGGCCACCACAGACACAAGACCAGGUUCCUGCUAAGGCUUCCGCAGAGGAGGCUGAGGUGCCUCCUGCUCCAAAAUCAGACAGCCAAGAGGCUAGAGCUGGGGCCCUGCGAGCUCGCAUGGUACAACGGCUGGAUGGGGCACGAUUUCGUUACCUUAAUGAACAGCUGUACUCAGGGCCCAGCAGCACUGCACAACGCCUCUUCCAGGAAGACCCUGAGGCUUUUCUCCUCUACCACCGUGGCUUUCAGAGACAGGUGAAGAAGUGGCCACUGCACCCAGUGGACCGUAUUGCCAAGGAUCUUCGCCAGAGGCCGGCAUCCUUGGUGGUUGCUGACUUUGGCUGUGGAGAUUGCCGCCUAGCUUCAAGUGUCCGGAAUCCUGUGCACUGCUUUGACUUGGCCUCUCUGGACCCCAGGGUCACUGUGUGUGACAUGGCCCAGGUGCCUCUGGAGGAUGAGUCUGUGGAUGUGGCUGUGUUUUGUCUUUCACUGAUGGGAACUAACAUCAGGGACUUCCUUGAGGAGGCAAAUCGAGUACUGAAGCCAGGGGGUCUCCUGAAGGUAGCUGAAGUCAGCAGUCGCUUUGAGGAUAUUCGGUUGUUUCUGGGUGCUGUGACCAAGCUGGGCUUCAAGGUCAUCUACAAGGACCUGACCAACAGCCACUUCUUCCUGUUUGACUUUGAAAAGACUGGUCCCCCUUGUGUAGGACCCAAGGCUCAACUCUCAGGCCUGAAGCUUCAGCCAUGUCUCUAUAAGCGCAGGUGA